ACGACACAGCAAAGUGCUUUUACAUUUCAGUGUUCAAUGUUUUGUUUCGAUUUUGAUUACGUUUACUGUCAAAAUGUUAUGUGUUAGAACUUACUGUGCAGCUUUUUUACGUAGAAGUUCGACUUAUACCUCAUCUGUCUCUGAUGACCAUGCUUCCAACAUCACUUAUAAGGAACGAAAUGACACCAACUCAAACGAGCAAGAGAAUCAGCAGACAAACAGCACCUUUGAAAGAGUCAAACGCUACGCUCUACUUCUCUCGUAUCAUGGAGCUAACUAUUUAGGGAUUCAAUACAAUGCUCAUGGGCCAACAAUUGAAGCGGAACUCUUUUCUGCCUUUGUCAAAGCAGGUAUCGUAACGCAAUAUGAUUCCAAAAAUCCUCGAUUUGUUCUUGGAUAUAGCCGAGCUUCUAGAACUGACAGUGGUGUAUCUGCCCUCAGACAAACAGUUGCAUUAAAUACCUCUAAUCAAAUAAAUGUUGACGAGAUAAACUCCUAUUUACCAUCUGACAUUCGUGUCUUAGGAUUUAAAAAAGUCAUUAAAUCAUUUGAUGCACAAAAAUGGUGUGACAACCGUUCAUAUUCUUACAUUAUGCCAAGUUUUGCUUUUUGUCACUGGCGAAAAGAAAGCAAUCCCAGAACUAGUUAUCGUAUUGAUGCUGAUACAUUAACAAUGGCUAAUCAAAUUUUCAAAGAAUUUGAAGGUUCUCAUAAGUUUCAUAACUAUACAGAGAAGCGGGAUAUUUGGGAUAGUAGAUCAGUAAGGUCAAUUGUAAGUGCUUCAAUAUCAGAGCCUAUCUUAUAUGACAAUAUUGAAAUGGUUGCAUUACAUAUCAAAGGCAGAAGCUUUAUGCUCCAUCAAAUUAGAAGGAUAGUCGGAAUGAUAAUUGCUUUGAUGCGAGGAAAAGCUCCGUUUGACUUUAUUCACAAAAGUUUCAAUUCUCCUAUUCUGCCAGCCCCGACAGCUCCAUCACUUGGACUAAUGUUAGAAAAGCAAUACUUUGAGGGCUACAACAGAAUACAUGGCCAUCAAAAUGAACCCCUCAUUUGGGAUGAAUAUGAUGAAGAGGUGGAAAAAUUUAAAAAUGAAGUUGUUGUCCCUCGCAUAGUGCAAUUGGAACAGAAGGAAAAUACAAUGGAAGAUUUUCUUGAUGAUAUCCGAAAACAUGGUUUCCGAGUGUCUGAAGAUAGCUCAAAAUGCAUUGUUAUAGGAGAUUGGGAAGGUCUUGACCUUGAUGAGGAAGACAAGAAAAUAAUAGCUAAAUAUCAAUAAUAUUGAAAACUGAGGUUUUAUUAAAAAUGUACACAAUAUGUUCACUUCACAAUUCACUUAUCACUAAAACGUACAAUUUCUAAACAAAUGAUAUACUGUUAAUUACUGAAUCUUGGGAGACUAGCUGCAAAUUUCUCCACGCACACAAGUACUACAAAGUCAUUUCUUUAUGGCAACUAAUAAAUACACUGCAAUUUGCUCUACAAAUUAUUUUAACACAGCAUCACUUGGUUUAACUCUUAUCACAGAACCAGGAAACAAUGUUCAUCAGGCUAUUGAACACAAUGGCUCUAAGACUGAUGACCACAAAAUAUUAAUGACUUAAAAAGCCACUUGGCCAUCUUAACCAGAGUGUGCAAAGAUAAAAUGAAGGAAAAUAUUUUGACCACUUAGGGGUAAGAAAAUUUUGAUUGCUAAAUUUGAUGACACUUAGCCACCUAAGCUAGAGUAUGCAAUGAAGAAAUUUAGCAUUUCACAGGGGAAUUUAAAAUUCAAGACACUUGGCCAUCUCAACCAGAGUGUGCAACAUAUUGGUCUCACAUCAUUUCAAAUCUCAAAAAAUAGUAAUCAAGAAAUGAUAGACUAAUCUUGAAUAUAAAAAGAACUUGUUCCCCCUUCCUUCAAGAUUUUUU